UAGAACGUAUUGUAAUCUUUUCUCAGUCCAACGUGGUUCCUUCUGAGAGUCUGUUGCGUAUUUUCUACACUUGUUUGACUUAUGAGGAGUUGGUGAGAGUGAUGAACUCUGAGCAGGAAAGGCCGUUUGUGUGCAGUGCCCCUGGCUGUUCUCAGCGAUUCCCCACAGAGGACCACCUGAUGAUUCACCGGCACAAGCAUGAGAUGACUCUGAAGUUCCCCUCCAUAAAGAUCGACAGCAUGUUAUCAGACCAGACGCCGACCCCGACGCGCUUCCUGAAAAACUGUGAGGAGGUGGGUCUGUUCAGCGAGCUGGACUGUUCUAUAGAACAGGAGUUCAGGAAGGCCCAGGAGGAAGAGGACAACAAACAGGUAGACAAGAUGACAAAUAUCUCUCUACAUGGCCAGAACCUCCAGAACCAGCAGCAUCACUCUCGGAUGGGGAACCAUGACAACAGCAUAGUGAUCCAGCAGGGCCUGUCCUCUCCCCAGUCCAACUCUGUCAUCACCCAGGCCCCCUCCACCAACAGACAGCUAGGGCCUGUCCCUGGCUCCCUGUCAUCACUACUGCACCUACGGAACAGACAGAGACAGCCACUGCCUGCCUCCAUGGCUGGAACCCUGCCAGACCCCACCAUGCAAGGCUCCUCUGUACUGAUGCCUAUGGAGAGGCAGAUGUCUAUGUGUUCCAGUAUGAUGGGUAUGCAGGGCCCCAACCAUCCCAGCUCCUGUUCCUCCCCUCACGGACCCUCCAUGCACUCUGAGGCCAAACUGAGGCUGAAGGCGGCACUAGCACACCACCCGGGAGCCAUCGCCAACGGCAACAUGAACAGCAUGGGUCACAUGAUGGAAAUGAUGUCAUCGCGGCAGCAGCAGGAGCAGGGGGGCGGCCACCACCACCUUCACCCCUCCCACCCUCACCCUCACCAGCACCUGCCGGCUCCGCCCCACAGCCACGCCUACCAGCACCACCAUCACCACAGCGGCCACAGCCAGGGCGGGCACCACCACCCACAGGGCCACAACCCCCAUCACAACUCCCACCCGCCUCACCUCCACCCUGGACACCCACACCAGACCUCACCCCCACCUCACCUCCACCCUGGACACCCACACCAGACCUCACCCCCGCCUCACCUCCACCCUGGACACUCACACCAGACGUCACCCCACCCUGCACUUCACUCUGGACCAGGGUCACAUUCACAGUUGUCGCCGGCGGCCCAGCAGAUGCAGCCGAGCCAGACGAUGCAGUCUCCGACCCCUAGCGGUGGGCGCCGCAGGCGGACGGUAGACGAGGACCCUGACGAACGGCGGCGGAAGUUUCUGGAGAGAAACCGAGCAGCGGCCACGCGAUGCAGACAGAAGAGGAAAGUAUGGGUGGUGUCGCUGGAGAAGAAGGCUGAAGAGCUGACCCAGACCAACAUGCAGCUUCUGAAUGAGGUGACCAUGCUGAAGAACGAGGUGACCCAACUCAAGCAGCUCCUCCUCACCCAUAAAGACUGCCCCAUCACCACUCUGCAGAAAGACUCCCAAGGUUACCUCAGUCCAGACAGUAGUCCAGCAGGCAGCCCGGCCUCAGCCUGCUCCCAGCAGCAGGUCAUCCAGCACAACAACAUCACCACCUCCAGCACAGCUGUAGGGGGCAGCACUGUGCACGGCCUGCCCAACCACCGUACAGACAUCACCCCCAUCCACUAG